ACUGAUGUAUGUCAUUCGUGAAUACACUCGGUACGCACGGCCUUGUUUGUCGGCCAUUAUAUAUAAGGCGGUGUAGAGUGUGUAUGUGUAUUCGGUAGAAUAUAGAACGACGAGCUGGGCUGUGUUAUAAAUAGCAAAGGAUACUAAACAUGUUUGGUGUUUUAUUAGAAUUGAUUUCUGGUAGCAGCGGUCUGGUAUGGACACUUCUGGUUCUGGUUGUGGCAUAUUAUCUGUGGAAUAGGCACCAGAGGCUAAAAUCUUUACCCCCGGGGCCUACACCACUCCCACUACUGGGAAACAUACUUAACCUAGCAGGAUCGAGUGACCCACUGCAAACAUUCCGUAAGCUGCGGGAAAAGUAUGGAGAUCUGGUCACUCUGCACGUGGGGUCCUAUACCAUCGUGGUGGUCAGUGGCUACGACACACUACGAGAACUGUUCGUCAAACGCGGUGACGUCACGUCUGAUCGACCUAACACAUUCGCAUUUAGGGAAAUAACAAAGGGCGAAGGAAUUGUGAGUAGAUCGGGGGCAGAAUGGAAGACACAAAGAACAUUUGCUAUCGGAGGUCUGAGGGAUUUCGGAUUCGGAAAGAAAAGUUUAGAAGGGAAAAUAAGGGAAGAAGUAGAAAUAUUUCUCAUGGUUCUCGACGUGGAGGAAGGAAAACCGUUACAUCCCGAGUCCUUUGUUCAGACUAGUGUUGCGAACAUUAUAUGUGCCAUAGUGUUCGGGAAGAGGUUUGAACAUGGUGACCCUACAUUUAUAGAGCUCCUAACGUUGAUAAACGAAAAUAUGUCUCUUGUCGCACCCUCCGGACUUCUCAACUUCUUUCCUAGUCUCCGAUAUGUCCCAGGAGAUCCUGCUGGCUGUAGGAAAGUACUUAAUAAUGCAGAAAAAAUCAUCAAAUAUCUAUACAACGUUAUUGAUGCUCACCAAAAGGACUACGACGAGGAAAACCUGAAAGACUUCAUCGACGUUUACUUAAAGGAGUUAAAAGAUAAGGAGGGACAGGACACGUCCUUCACAGUUUCUCAGUUAAUGAAUACAAUAGCCGACAUGUUAAUUGCUGGAAUGGAAACGACAACCACAACUCUACUCUGGGCUAUCCUUUUCUUCCUCAACAACCCGGAUGUACAGAAGCGCUGUCACGAAGAAGUGAUGAAGGUGGUUGGGGAGGGUCGCUUUCCGUCCCUGUCAGACCGAUCACAAAUGCCGUACAUUGAGGCUACCAUCACAGAGAUUCUCAGAUGUGGGAAUAUUGUUCCACUCGGGGUGCCACAUGCCACAAGUGAGGACGUACAUUUUAAAGGCCAUAUCAUUCCUAAAGGAACAAUGUUGAUGCCAAACAUCGUGUCUGUUCACACUAACCCGCAAAAGUUCCCAGACCCGGGUAAAUUCAACCCGUCAAGAUUCAUCGAUAGCGAUGGUAAAGUAAGCGGAACGGACCAUGUGAUAUCCUUCUUUUUCGGUCGCCGAGUGUGCAUGGGUGAGGCCCUCGCCAGGUCAGAGCUGUUCCUCUUUCUCACCUCCAUGGUCCAACGGUUUCAGUUCAAACCAGAGGAUCCGGACAACAUUCCCCCUGUUAAGGGCAAUCUCGGCAUAACAUUCAAACCGUGUGAAUAUAAAUGUAUUGCAGAGAAGAGAGUUUAGAGUAGAAACAAAUGUAUAUUUUCUGUAUAUUCUAUCGUUAUUAUUUCCAAGCUUCUAUAUUAUGUUAUGCUUAUAUGUUUAUACAAGCUAUUACGGCAGUUUGAAAAAGACAAAGCCUGAAGGUCGUGCAGCAUCGAAAAAACUAAUUUGUUAAAAACGUAUUUGGAAUCGGCGUAGAUAAAAAAAAAUGUAUUACAUUAUGGUUAAGGCCAUAAGUUGCGAAUAAUUCUGAUACUUCUUAACUUUAUAUUGAAUCACAAUAUGAAUUACUGCUAAGUACAUUUUAUUGUAUACGAGUUAUAUAAAUGUUUAUACUGAAAACAAUAUUUUAGAUUAAAACAAAUACUGCUUAACUAGCACUGCAUUUUGGCAAUGAACGUAGAAAAACAUAUAUAAUUUUGUUAUCAACCUAUGAAAUGUUAAAUUUAAAAGAUAGGUCAUAUUACUUACAUCGUAAUUCCAACAUAAUGAAAAUAACAUAAGGCAGUUAUUGCAUCUUUAUGAAAAGCCAAAGUGGGAAAAAAAUAUAUAUUUUAAAUUUUGAAAUCAUAUAUUAAUGUUACUAAAUCAUUUAAUAGGAAAUAAAGGAAAUAAAGGAAAAUCUAAUUUUUCUCAUUGUUUUUGUUUUAUAUAAAACCAUUGCUAUACAUAUGUUUCUCACAUUAUUUUAAUGUGUACCAGAGACAUUGAGUUGAAAGUCAUCCAGGCCCCAUAUAGGGAGAAAUACGAAUACCAACAUAAGUUAACACACAUCAUUCAGAGUUAGAUGACCCACUCCUUGGAAUUCAAUGUACUUGAUACGAACUAACAGGCCCCAAAAGAUAUCUUCUGAUUUAUAGUUACAUUGUUUAUAUAUUUGGUUUUUUUAUGAUAAAAGAUCAUUUUGCUUGCAACCUAAACUAGUUAUUCGUC